AUGCGUUCCAGCUGGAAACAAGCUUGCGCCGUGUCGUAUCUAGCGCCCAUUAGUGCGUGUGGAGAAGCGGCGGCGAUGGGACCAAAAUCGGCGAUGGAGCCGGUGGUGCGUCUGGCCUGCAGUGACGAUAAUGCUCCCCGCCGUCCAACCGCAGUGGAGGGACCGUGUGUCUUGGCGAGUGGCUACCUGCUAUCAGCGAGUGACUUCCCCGUACAGCCCGAUGUGUCACUGGAUGGUGGGAUCGAGUUAUGGGCCAGUUACAAGGGAUGGAAUCUAAGAUUCCGAGAUGCAAGGGCAGUGGAGGAUUUGCCUCCAGGCUCAAGCUGCGCCUCGCUUUGA